AAUCAGCUGUCUCCGUGUGAGCGCGGAUAAACCGACUGUCGGCGCUGCCGGAUGAGCUCUGCGCUGCUUUCUGCAGGAUAACGCGGGUUUGAAGGAUCUUCACGGCCCCGCACCAUGAGUCUGUCCCUGAGACCAGACCCAGCAGCCGACAGGACCAAGCGUAAGAAGAGGAAGGAGCUGACGGAGGAGCAGAAACAUGAGAUCAAAGAAGCGUUCGAGCUGUUCGACACCGACAAAGACAAAGAGAUCGACUACCACGAGCUGAAGGUGGCGAUGCGUGCGCUCGGGUUCGAGGUGAAGAAGGUGGACGUCCUGAAGAUCCUGAAGGACUACGACCGGGAGGGCAACGGGAAGAUCACCUUCGAGGAUUUCAGCGAAGUGGUGACGGAGCGUAUCCUGGACCGGGACCCCCGGGAGGAGGUGCUCAAGGCCUUCCGGCUGUUCGACGACGACGAGUCGGGCCGGAUCAGCCUGCGGAACCUGCGGCGCGUCGCCCGCGAGCUCGGCGAGGACGUGAGCGACGAGGAGCUGCGCAGCAUGAUCGACGAGUUCGACGGCGACGGCGACGGAGAGAUAAACCAGGACGAGUUCCUGGCCAUCAUGACCGGAGACUCCUGACCCGGCUCCAGCCCCGGGACCAGUCGGAGGACUCCAGACUCGCUGGACUCGGUUCGUCUCCUGGGAAUCAGAUUUCGCUCAAAGCUGUGGACUGUUGGAGAACCGGGACUCGCUCGGGGUCUGUUGGUCCUGAAGCCUGGAGGCUGGAUUCUUGAAACGGAACAAAGCGUCGUGGACGUUCCUGUGAGAAAGCGUCCUGUCUGGAGGACUGGGCCCCGGGUCACUUCCUGUCUGGACUACUUGGUCCCAGGUCACUUCCUGUCUGGAGGACUUGGUCACUUCCUGUCUGGAGGACUUGGUCCAGGUCACUUCCUGUCUGGAGGACACGGUGCUGGGUCACUUCCUGUCUGGAAGACUGGGCCCCGGGUCACUUCCUGUCUGGAGGACUUGGUCAUUUCCUGUCUGGAAGACUCGGUUCCGGGUCACUUCCUGUCUGGAGGACUCGGCGCCGAGUCACUUCCUGUCUGGAGGACUCGGCGCCGAGUCACUUCCUGUCUGGAGGACUCGGCGCCGGGUCACUUCCUGUCUGGAGAACUUGGCGCCAGG